AAUCUUAACAUUUAAAUGCCCUCAUGUGUCUUUUAAAGCCGCUGUUUGGUUUGGUGUAUGAGAGUAUUUACGUAAAACACUGACUCAACUGGAACAAUUUUUGACUUCGAACAACCACUUUUGACGGGCCGCUUUUGACAGGGGAAAUUUCUGUGAUGGACCUACCAGUUGUCUCCCCUACCUAACUAGUGACCAACAACUUUCGUGUAGACGACAUCUAACCUUUGACCUUGUGAAUGACCACAACACAACCUCAGCUAUCUGAACUCUGUUCGGAGUUUGAGGGUAAUGGUUUUUAGGAGACUGGUUACUAAGAGCUUUCGUAACUUGUGUUUAUUUGUGGGACUUGUGUCACGACAAUUUGUAGCCAGUAUGGCUUGGCGAUCCAGCGGUAACACCAAUGCCAACCUUGUGGAAAAUUUAAGAUUAAAUGAUAUUUUGAAGUCGGACCGAGUGGUACAAGCCAUGUUACAGGUUGACAGGAAGAACUACGUGAAGAAUCCUAUGUACGCCUACGCUGACUCUCCGCAAAGUAUCGGAUACUCCGUCACCAUCAGCGCUCCUCAUAUGCAUGCACAUGCCCUAGAACUGUUAUCUGACCACCUGAAGGAGGGGUCAAGGGCAUUGGACGUGGGGUCAGGGAGUGGCUACCUGACGGCCUGUAUGGCUCUAAUGGUUGGUAAGAGUGGACUGGCCGUAGGAAUUGACCACAUGGAGCAGCUAGUCAGUAUGUCUUUGGAAAAUGUGAAGAAAGAUCCUGCGAUUGGUCAGCUACUGGAAACUGGACAAAUGAAACUGAUUACUGGGGACGGUCGUCAAGGUUACGCUCAGGAUGGUCCUUUUGAUGCAAUCCAUGUCGGGGCAGCGGCCCCUAAACUUCCCCAAGCACUGGUAGACCAGUUGAAGCCCGGUGGCCGCCUCAUCAUUCCCGUAGGAGAACACCACCAGCACCUUCAGCAGAUAGACAAGUUGGAGGACGGCACGGUCCAAAAACAGAAUCUGAUGGGGGUGAUUUAUGUACCACUGACCAGCAAGGAGAAGCAAUGGCCAAGAUCUACCAAUGAUGAACUUUGACCCGAGUGUUACACACUUUAUAUCCCUGUUGUUUUGUUAUUGGUUAAACUGUUACCCUAUCGAUGCAACAUUGGAUUGUUUUUAUCGUUAUUCUUCCGUGGAUGAUAGUCCAUUUGUAAAAUGGCAAGCUUAUGUGUUCCUGUGGAACCCUGGUAGUAGUGUGGAUACAUGACAGCCCUAAUAGUGGUGACUCAAAGACAAGAUGUACAAGUUUUACAGCAUUUGGUUAAAGCAAGAAAAUGCAUUUAGCUAAUGUGUGGUCUGUUUACUUGUACAGUUUUUACACGAAGAGACGAUUAGCAAGAACAUGCAUUUAACUAGUGUUUGGUCAGCUUGAGUUUCCUCUGACCCCGACACCAUGUCUGGUGUAGGGCUAGUGUGUGGUCGGUUAACUUGUACAGUUUUUACACGAAGAGAGGAUUAGCAAGAACAUGCAUUUAGCUAGUGUGUGGUUAGCCUGAGUUUCCAAUGGCCAUACACCAGACAUGGUGUCAGGGUCAGAAGAAACUCUGGCUAGUGUGUGGUCAGUUUACUUGUCCAGUUUUUACACGAAGACAGGAUUAGCAAGAACAUACAUUCACCAGUGUGGUCAAAUCACUUGUCAUGUGUAUUUUUGGCAUUAUUUGGUUCACAUUAGUUUUAUCUAUUGACAGAAGGAUGUUCUGUAGUGUCAAAAGGUCGUUUGACAUCAAUUUAAGUUUUAAGCUCGUACGUAAUGAAUGGAUAUUGAAAGCACAAUAAUGAGGACAUAAGAGAAUUGCUUGUUAGGUUCAAUUUUGUUUAAAUAGCGUAAAGUUGAAGAUAAUCUUAUUUUUCACAUCUUAAGUAAAGCAACACAUGCUUAAAUGAUCCGAGGGUCAUUCUGCUGAUGAACAUGUCUUUCUCAAUACACAAUGUAAUUAUGUCAACCUGAUACAAAUAUUACAGACCGUACGUCAAAUUAUUCAAGGUCAUGUGUGGGUGACCUUUACAUUGGAGAGUGAAAUCAGUGUCAACAGAAUGUCUACAAUAGUGUUUUGUUGAGUUAUGAAGAUUACAUUGUUUGAGAUAAUCCAUUGAUUUCCAAAAUACAUGAUAUACAGUGUAUAUGUAUAUGUUAAAACUACCAUAGUAUGAUUUUCUCAUGACAAUUGUUGAGAUGUUAACUAUUUUGAUUUGUGUUCACCAAAUUAUGACGACCCUUUUUGAAUCUGUUCAGUCUCAUCUGAUCAGGUGAAAAAAUGUGUCUUUAAGUAAUACCGUUUCAUGUUUUUCCUCCCUUGAGAAAUUAAAAUGUGUAUAAUCUUAAAAUACUCUAAAACUACAAAUAUCAUAAAGAUAACAUUUCUGUAUAGGAUUCUUUUGUUUACAAUGGAUAUUUUAUAGUCAAACCUAAUAAUAUUAUAUAAAUAUUCAAACAAAGACAUAUAUUUUGAAAGUAUAGAAUAGAAAUUGUAGUUAUUAUUGAUUUAGGAAGAGUUCCGGUGUAAUAUUUUUAUAUUUUGCACAAGAUUAUGAGAUGAACUUAAAUGUAUAUCAUCAUAGUGUUUUCCUGUCAACUAACAAACCACUAUACUGGGUAAAUCAAUAUGCAUAUUAAAUAGUUAUUAUUUAUAUUUUAGGGUGUGUGAAAUACCUAUCACAUGUUUUCCAAUGUAAAUCUGGUAUACAAUGCAUUUCAUUUUAUGUAUGUUGGAGAUUACAAAACCUAUCACAAGUAACUUUUGUAAUAUUAUACUAGUGUUAUAAAAAUCAAAAAAUUAAAACUUCUAAUAGUUACACAUCCUAUAUAUCACAGUCUUGCAUAUACUGUUAGUAGUUAAUACAAAAGUUUGUCAGUAUUGCUUGUGAUCAUAUUUGAAUCUUUCUUUUUUUUCAUUGGCCAAUCCAUAUCUUUAUGGUGAUGAAGUUUUCAACAGAUGUCUAUUUGUGGAUGGAAGUCAGUUUGCACUUCUGAUGAAAAGCUUUAUUUAACCAUCGUACCGUCAGGAUAACUUGAAAACUUGACGGCAACAGCAAUCUCUUCACUAUUGAUUGAAAGCUUUAUUGUAAAGUCUUUCUUGUUUACAUUGAUAAAAAUAAAAUAUAUUUUAACACCAUUCUAACAACUGAUGGAAAGCUCUGACAGUUGUAACCUUGAGUAGGCAGAUUUCCACGGUUGUGAACCAUACUGCUCUCAUUUCUUUCUCACAUGUAUUGGCUUGUUAUAUUGCAUAUAGCUUGAAUUUAAUAAAUUCCGUUGACAAUAUUGAAA